AUGCAGCAGAGCGCGUUCGCCACGUGUGAGGAGGUGCGGGCCCCACCGGCCGGACCGGACCGGCGCAGCCCGGUUUUUUGCCCCAAACCGCGCCGGCUCGGACCGCUCUCCCCCGUCGACCCGGUCCGACCCCUCCGCUGGCACGUUAGCCAUCAAGCGGAUCUGAGUGAACCCAAAGCAGGUGCCGAGCUACUUGACUUGUUUCUAACCAAGGGAGGUAGAUCAGAGCAACGUGGCAUAAUCUCCGCCGUUCUUAUCCGCGUUCGACCCCCGACCCGGUGCCACAGAACCGCUGGUCCCGACGGCCCGUUCGGCGAGACGGCCGCAUGCCGGGCCGGGCCUUACCCGGUUCGCCGCCGUCGCCCUCCGGAGAAGGCUGCGUCGCGCGCCAAGUCGGCCCGCCUCCCGCCGCCGUCCGCGUCGAGGGCUUCGACUUCGGGGCGCCGCUCAUGCGGCGGCAUCACCCCGCGGUCGCGGAUAAUAAAUAAUAAAAUAUUGUUAUUUGAAACACAGAAAACAAAACAUAACGGCCCUCAAUAA